UCCACCGCGCUCGUAGCCGUCCACGCCCUGCCCAGGCUCACCUCCUGAGGCGUCCGCUCGUUUGGUCAUGUUGUCGAUUGUAAUUCUGUGAUACCCCCAUAUAAUCCGUUUUCUCCUGCAUAGUUCACGUCGACGCGCCGUUUGCGCGGUACAUAAACCGCCAUGAGCGCCCCAGCCCCUCCUUCCAAGGAGGUAAAAGCUCCUACAGUUGCCCAUACGAACGGGAAUAAUGCACCGGGCUGGGAGAUACCAGAAGAAGGCACCGCAAAAAGGAGGCAUCCACAUAUUGGCAUUGGAUCGAGCGCGACGCGCUGGGCUAUUACUGAUCGCUUCGACCGCAUGCUUCCCCCGCACAGGCGCUACUUUGGGCGCAGUCGCCGGACCUUACUCAUAGCGGCUGCUAUCGUCUUUCUCUGCCUCCUCGCACUGAUCAUCGGCCUGGCGGUUGGACUGACCAAGAAGAAGGAUCGCUUCCUCCCCCUCCCCGGUGGUGCGCAGACCUUCUCCGGCGACCUGACAUACUACAAUCCCGCCCUCGGUGCAUGUGGAAUAGCUUCGACGGAUAAUGAUGCCGUGGUCGCGGUUUCGCACUAUACUUUCGAUGCGGUGCAGCAGGGGACCGAUCCGAAUUCGAAUCCGCUCUGUGGAAGGAAGAUUAGGGCGAAUAGGGUUAAUGCCGGAAAGCAGGUCAGCAUUGAUGUGACUGUUGUAGAUCGCUGUACCGGCUGCGAACCUCGAGACAUCGAUGUGAGUCCAGCUAUGUUCAGAAAGAUGGCAGAUCCCGACCUAGGCAGAGUGCCUGUGACAUGGGCCUGGCUAUGAGCAAUACAAUCAUUCCCGUCCUUAUUCGCGCAGUCAUUCGCACCAGUCGUUCCGUGACGCAUCCCCUAUGAGUAUGCUAUCAUGAAUUGUCAUCUUGGUGUCCGUUGG